AUGGCUGUGUGUCUGGUAACUCCCUUUGCCUCUAACUUGCAGGAGUCAGAGUCUGAGAACAAGCUGGAUGGAGAGACAGCAUCAGACAGCGAAAGCAAAUCUGAAUUUGGAGGCUCUCCCCCAGUGCCAACGUCAGAUGACACUCCAGAGGUCCUGAACAGAGCCCUCUCCAACCUCUCCUCAAGAUGGAAGAAUUGGUGGGUAAGAGGCAUCCUCACACUGGCAAUGAUCACUUUCUUCUUCAUCAUCAUCUACUUGGGACCCAUGGUCUUAAUGAUGAUAGUGAUGUGUGUCCAGAUCAAAUGUUUCCACGAGAUCAUCACCAUUGGCUACAACGUGUACCACUCGUAUGACCUGCCCUGGUUCAGGACACUCAGCUGGUACUUCCUGCUGUGUGUAAACUACUUUUUCUAUGGUGAGACUGUGACAGAUUAUUUCUUCACCCUGGUCCAGAGAGAGGAGCCCCUGAGGAUUCUCAGCAAAUACCAUCGCUUCAUUUCUUUCGCCCUCUACUUGACAGGUUUCUGCAUGUUUGUCUUGAGUCUGGUGAAGAAACACUAUCGCCUCCAGUUCUACAUGUUUGGAUGGACCCAUGUGACGUUGCUAAUUGUUGUUACCCAGUCACACCUCAUCAUUCACAACCUGUUUGAAGGAAUGAUAUGGUUCAUUGUCCCAAUUUCCUGUGUGAUCUGCAAUGACAUCAUGGCCUACAUGUUCGGGUUCUUCUUCGGCCGCACCCCACUCAUCAAGCUCUCCCCAAAGAAGACCUGGGAAGGCUUUAUUGGAGGAUUUUUUUCCACUGUUUUGUUUGGACUGCUGCUGUCCUACGUGAUGUCCGGGUACCGGUGCUUCACCUGCCCUGUGGAGUUCAACAAUGACACCAACAGCUUCACAGUGGACUGUGAACCCUCUGAGCUGUUCCAGCUGCAGGAGUACAACAUCCCCCUGGUGCUGCAGUCCGUGGUGGGCUGGAAGACAGUCAGGAUGUACCCCUUCCAGAUCCACAGCAUUGCCCUGUCCACUUUUGCCUCCCUCAUCGGGCCCUUUGGAGGCUUCUUUGCUAGUGGAUUUAAGAGAGCCUUCAAAAUCAAGGACUUUGCCAACACAAUCCCAGGGCACGGGGGGAUCAUGGAUCGCUUUGACUGCCAGUACCUGAUGGCCACCUUUGUGAACGUGUACAUCGCCAGCUUCAUCAGAGGUCCUAACCCAAGCAAACUGAUCCAGCAGUUCUUAACCUUACGGCCAGACCAGCAGCUCCACAUCUUCAACACCCUCAAAGCCCACCUGGUGGACAAGGGGAUGUUGGGCAGCUUGGAGGACGUGUAAACAGCUGGGCACGGGGAUCAGGACAAAUGGACAAGGCUCUCUGAGGAAAUUUCCUGGCUUGCCUGAUUUCAGACAAUAACAAGGCCUCAUUUCACUGUCACUCUUCUUCCUUUCUUGGUAAAUGUUUGCAUCUGUGGGUUUUUUAAAAUAAUAUAUUUAUAUAGCUUUGGUUCA